UCAUCACACACAGAGAGUGUACAAGAAGAACACACUAAAAGGGAACUUUCACUUAGUUAACUCCGCCACCUCCAACGGAGCUCUCAAAGCUAACACUAUAAUAUAUCUCCUUCCUCACAACCUUCCCCUGUUCCCCCCACAUUUCCUCUCCAGUCUCCACAAAGCUCUCAACCCUAAUCACAAUGCAGUCUUCAAUUUCUCUCUCGCUAUCUUCUCCAUCGACGGUCUGCAGAUCGGACUGCUCCGCUGUCGCUUCCAAUGCGAACGUCACUUUGCUGACUUCGCCACGAUCACUUCGAUUCUGUGGUCUUAGAAGGGAGGCUUUUGGGUUCAAAUCAUUGAAUUCGUCUGUUCAUACGCGUUUCCAAUCAUCUAAGACUACGAGGCUUUCGUGCUCCAACAGAAUCGCGGCUUCUUUGGGUGGAAAUGGAGCUCCUUCCAAGGGUUUUGAUUAUGAUCUGGUUAUUAUUGGAGCUGGUGUUGGUGGUCAUGGUGCUGCUCUUCAUGCCGUUGAGAAGGGCUUGAAAACUGCUAUCAUCGAAGGGGACGUAGUUGGAGGAACAUGUGUAAAUAGGGGAUGUGUUCCUUCCAAAGCUCUUUUAGCUGUGAGCGGGCGCAUGCGGGAGCUUCAGAAUGAACACCAUAUGAAGUCUUUUGGUCUCCAGGUUGCUGCCGCUGGAUAUGACAGACAGGGUGUUGCUGAUCAUGCAAAUAAUUUGGCCUCCAAGAUUCGUAGUAAUUUGACCAAUUCAAUGAAAGCCCUUGGUGUGGAUAUAUUGACAGGUUUUGGAACAAUUUUGGGUCCACAAAAGGUCAAAUAUGGAGAUACUGUAAUAACAGCAAAAGAUAUAAUAAUUGCAACUGGUUCUGUCCCCUCCGUGCCCAAAGGCAUUGAGGUUGAUGGUAAGACAGUGAUAACAAGUGAUCAUGCACUCAAAUUGGAAUUUGUACCUCAAUGGAUUGCUAUUGUCGGAAGUGGUUACAUUGGACUAGAAUUCAGUGAUGUGUAUACAGCACUUGGAAGUGAGGUUACCUUUGUUGAGGCUCUAGAUCAGCUCAUGCCCGGCUUUGAUCCUGAGAUUGGGAAGUUGGCACAGCGAGUCCUCAUAAAUCCUCGAAAGAUCGAUUAUCAUACAGGUGUAUUUGCAAGCAAGAUAACUCCAGCAAAGGAUGGAAAGCCAGUGACUAUUGAGCUUAUUGAUGCAAAGACUAAGGAACUCAAGGAUACAUUGGAAGUAGAUGCUGCUCUAAUUGCAACUGGAAGGGCUCCAUUCACGCAGGGACUUGGCCUGGAAAAUAUAAAUGUUCAAACACAACGUGGAUUUAUUCCUGUUGAUGAACGGAUGUGUGUUAUUGAUGCCAAUGGAGAGUUGGUCCCUCACUUGUAUUGCAUUGGUGAUGCAAAUGGAAAAAUGAUGCUUGCACAUGCUGCAAGUGCACAAGGAAUCUCUGUUGUUGAGCAAGUUACUGGAAAGGACCACAUCCUGAAUCAUUUAAGCAUUCCAGCUGCAUGCUUUACCCAUCCUGAAAUCAGUAUGGUCGGAUUAACAGAGCCUCAAGCCAGAGAAAAAGCUGAAAAGGAGGGCUUUGAGAUUGGUAUAGCCAAGACUAGUUUCAAGGCUAACACAAAAGCCCUUGCUGAAAAUGAAGGGGAGGGAAUUGCAAAGAUGAUAUACAGACCCGACAAUGGGGAGAUCCUAGGAGUUCACAUCUUUGGAAUGCAUGCUGCGGACCUCAUACAUGAAGCAUCCAACGCCAUAGCUAUGGGAACACGUAUACAGGACAUAAAGUUUGCUGUUCAUGCACAUCCAACCUUGUCUGAAGUGAUUGAUGAACUCUUUAAGGCAGCAAAGGUUAAAGCUUACACUUCUAGUCCAGUUGCUGAGCCAGUUGCAGCCUAAGUACCAAGGGGCCGCCGUGAUGGAUGCAUAAUUUAUAGGAUUUUGCAGCAGUUUCCAAUUGGCGCUUGAUGGCCGAUCUUAACAUGUGCACUAGUCUAGAAAGAAGUUUCUUGUUCGACCUUUCUUCAAGAGCACACAUACAUCAGUUGCCUAAAUGAGUGGCCGAGAAACUCAAUUUUGUUUUCUAGUCAGUUAGCAUUUAAGCCUGUGGUAUAUAUAGGUUGAACUUGGAAAUAAGCAACAAUAUACGAAGAGUGAUUUUUGUCUGGACAUUGACAUUGUAUAAGUUUUAAGUUACAAUUAUUUGCUUAUGCAUGAGCAACGAAAUGGAAUGUGGUAUUUGUCUUGGCA